AUCGAGACGACUCGUCUCUCUUCGUUCGCGACAAUUUUUCAUUCACCUCGCGUUCGACCCGUGAUUCGCGAUCCGCGAUAAUUUAUGUAACGCGCGUUCGAAUUCGGCGUCCCGGUCGCUCUCGUCGUUUCCUCCUUUUUGUUUUUUUUUUUUUAUAUUUUUCAUCGGAGGAUGUCGGCGAGCGGUUGUCAUCAUUCCGGGAAAAUCGCGUCCGGCAGGGGUACGUCUUCCGUCGAGACGACGAACGAGGAAGUAUAAAUUGAACGGGCGCGCGAACGGCGCGGCAAACGGUUUUUUUUCUACGAGGAUUCUAGAACGCGGUCGAGAGUUAAUAUAUUUUGUAAAAAAAAUACGGUAUGGGAACGGACGGACGUUAUUGCUCGUCGAUGGUGCGUUUGCUUCGCGGCAGAGAAAUCGGAUUUCGAAACGUACUCGCUGGCGCUGACACGUGGUGUCCCAAGCAUUUUAGAUCGCAUAUCAGUAAAAACGAACGCAGGUGGAGGCCCAAGAAUUUCAAAUUGCAUAUUGGUAGAACCGAACACAUUUGGAGGACUUUGGACUCAUACGUUAAAACAUGUUGGUGUAUCGUUCGCGGCAGCGUCCGUAACGUUUACGACGAAGUAUUGACGCACGAGUUCUGUUCACAGUGUGGAGGGAAUUGUAAAAUAGAUGUCAGCGGUGCGAAUGUAGCGUCGACGAUACGUCUCAGCCGGAACGCCAACGUAUUUAGACGUCCAAUUGAUAUCUUAUAG